AUGAAAACCAUUCAUAACGGGGUUAACACCUUUCUCUGGUUUGAACGCUGGCAUAAUGGGAUAUUACUUAAGGAUUACUGGCCUACUCUAUUCUCUGAUUGUGCUGAUCCUUGGAUUACCAUCAGACAUUUCCAUCAGCUUCUUAAUAAUCCAGAAUCCUUAUUUCUCUCUAUCCCUGCCGAAUCUCUCUCUGCUCUCAUUGAUAUUAACCCUGAGUGCUCCCAUAAUCAAGAUGAUAUCCUCAGUUGGGCUCUUGAAAAAAGUGGCAAUUUCUCUGUCAAAUCUUUUUAUAAAUUUCUCAUUGAUGGUGGGCUCCGUAGCCCACUUUACUCAAACUUCUGGAAAAUUCGAUGCCCCAGCAAAGUCACUCUUUUUUGCUGGUUAGCUGGAGAGGAAAAAAUUCUCACUCUCACAAAUCUUUUCAAAAAAGGCUUCAACUUUCAAAAUUCCACUAAUACUUGUGUCCUCUGUCAUAAUGCCUCUGAAAAUCUUCAACAUCUCUUCCUCGACUGUGCUUUUACUAAUCGAAUUUGGGCAUUCUUUCUUCAAGUUCUAGAUUCAAACUCUCUCCCCCAAUCUAUCCCUUCUCUGUGGUCCAAAUGGAUUACCAAUUUAAACCCUCAACUUCGAAUCCUCUUGGAUCUUAUUUCCCGUGCUGUCACUUGGAAUAUCUGGAUCCAAAGAAACACUCGUAUUUUCCAAUUUAAUGCUCUGCCACACUUUAGUAUUAUUUUUAAAGUUGCUAAUGUGCUUCUCUCCUGGUUUUCAACAGCUGCUGAUAGGCAUCAACAUUCACUCAAUGAAGCUUCGCAGAAAAUUAAGCGCUCCCUCAAUUUUCUUAGCGCUAGAGAAUCUGAUCCUGCUUGCGACCCAGCUCAUGAUUUAGCUCAGGAGUAG